UCCUCCUCUCAGUCUCAGAAGCACAGUGACCGACUGACAGACGCAGCGCCUUCCUCGGCCGUAUCUGCUGCUCUGCAACGACCAUCGGAAGAGGAUACGGUAUCUACCUGUGCUCACAGGGACCAGGCAGUUGGCAGAAGCCGCGUGGGGAAAGUAGAACUACAGGCGUGAUCGUGAAGGAAUGCAGCUGCAGGAAGAGGGUCUCCGCAGCCUCUGGUCUCGAUCUUUCUCCACCAUCUGAACGCCGGUAUGGACUUCGUAAGCAGCACCCGAAGGACCAUGACCCUGUCCACUCCAAACCAAACAGGGCCCAUUCAUAAGCUGGGCUGCAACAAAACCUGGCAGGAGGAGAUUGGACGCGUCAUUCAGCUGUUGGUCACCAUUGUCAUCUUCCUAGUGGGCGUGUUCCUGAACGGCCUGGUGGUCUGGGCGCUGGCCUUGCGUGGGCGUGGCCGCCUGACGAGGCGUGGCAGCGCUGGCGAGGGGGAGACCCGUGGCGCCAGCAGCUUCCGGGUCUACGUGGUGAACCUGGCCCUGGCCGACCUGGUUCUCCUGCUCCGCACCCCUCUGAUGAUGGCCUACCUGGCGGACAACUGCAGCUGGCCCCUGGGGUUGGAGGCUUGCAAGCUGGUGGUGUUCCUGCGGGGCCUGGGGCUCUACGCGGCGGCCUUCCUCCUGUGCGCCGUAGCCCUGGAGAGAUGCCUGUGCCUCCUCCGGCCCGUGUGGGCCAGUCUGAAGCGCCCACGGUGGGCCGUGCCCCUGGUGUGUGGUUUAUUGUGGGUGCUGGCCAGUGCCCUCGCUGCUCCCUAUGUCUACAGCGCCUUAGUGAAGGGGGUCAACGGCACCAAGCAGUGUCUGGACAGCGACGGUUACAGCCAGGGGCUGUUUGUCACGGAGACCGUAGCUGGCUUCCUGCUGCCUCUCACGGUGUUCCUGGGGAGUAACUUGGCCGUUCUGUGGACGGCCAGGACAGCCACUUCCUCCUCCUCGACACAGCGCAUGGUCAGGCUGUACCGUGUCCUCUUCCUCACCAUGCUGCUCUUCCUCACCUGCUGGGUGCCCUACUUCACCUGUCGCUUCCUGCAGGCUCUGGCCGAAGGGCGGCCGGACUGGAGUGGGCACAAAAUCCAUUUGUUUACGGCGAAGUACGUGUCGUCGUUCCUGGUGUAUCUGAAGAGCGCUCUGAACCCCGUCCUCUACGUCUUCGCAGCCCGCGGUCUGGGCCGGACCAUCUGGGCAACGCUCCCCUCCAACAUUGGGAAGGUGUUCAACGAGGAGUCGACCGACACCAGGAGCAGGAGGACUCUAAAGAGAGGGGAUUCCCAGAUCUAGUGCCCUAAAUCCCUUUCAGGGACCCUACGGAGUUAGAGACUACAGUGGGUUGAUUACUUGGAGAGCUCAAGCAGUCUUUGGCCCAUAUGUGGUCUGAAUUACUACAUUAUCCUAUUACUGUGCUAUACUGGCAUAUGACUGUCGAGCAUUAGCGUUUUACUAGGCAUUAUCAUUAUAACUGCAUUAAGAGCUAUAUAAAUGUCUACUUAAGUGUUUCAUGCAUUUGAUCAGUUCUAAUGAUAAUGGCUCUAUAUAUAUCACAUGCAUUACCAUUAAUGCAUUACCAUAAUAAUUACAGGCAUUAGCUUUAGACCUGAUAGAACACUCCAAUGCCAAGAACGACCGAUCACCAUCAUACUUUUUUAAUCUGCAGAAAACUUAAAUGACAUGUACAAAUGGUGCCGUUUACAAAACUGUAUGCAAUGUUAAUGACUACAUGUAGCACCCGAAGCUACUUGCACUUAGAAUACAGGCCAUUGGUCGAUCGGUCCACGGGAAUGAGUCCAUGCUAUUGGUCAGUAAAUGUUAUUGGCCGAGGGGGUUAGUGGAGACCUCCUGUGUUUGGCUGAUAGCUGCAGGGGUGAGCAUGUGGUCUGCGUGUUUAUAGGCCUGCUCCAGCAGG